AUGGUUUCCUCCCCUCUGGCUAUGCGCAGGGUCAUCCUAGCGUUGGCAGCUGGACUCCUGCUGUUCUCUGCCUUCGCAUGGGCCCAUGAUGCCGUCUCGGUGGGGGAUCUCUCUGUCGCCGAGAUCGAGGAUGAGUUGCAGAACUGUCCCCUCGUGGAAUCGCUCAACGAGCACAAACGCGCCUCCAAUCCACAGACCACCAGUCUGACCUCGAAGAUCUUCGCUGUCCUCUUCCCAGGCAGUCCGGCCGUGAACGCCAUCCUGGCGACCAUCUACAUCUCCGGACCACCCAACUUCCUCCUGGCCCUCUGCCCGCCCAACAUUGACCCCUCCUCGCUCUCCGUCAUGGUCGCCUUCGCCGUGGGGGGUCUCCUCGGCGACACGCUCUUCCACCUCCUUCCGGAGAUCUUCCUCGGCGAGGACUCGCCCGACCACGUGCGCUUCGUGAUGGUCGAGCCCAACCGCAACCUUCUCCUCGGCCUCGGCAUCAUGGUGGGCUUCUUCACCUUUGUCGCCAUGGACAAGGCACUGCGGAUUGCCACCGGCGGUGCGGGCCACGACCACUCUCACGGUCACAGCCAUGCAGACGAUACGCCCGCGGCCAUCGCAUCCGGCUCCUCGCCCAGCGACGCCGCCGGCAACGAACUCAAACAGCGCAAGCCGCAAGCAUCCCCCGGCGAAUCGUUCCCCGCGGCAACCGACGCCCCGGAGAAGGAAAUCAACCCCAGCGUCAAGCUAGGCGGGUACCUCAACCUCAUCGCAGACUUCACGCACAACAUCACCGACGGCCUGGCCAUGUCGUCGUCGUUCUACGCGUCACCCACCAUCGGCGCCACCACCACCGUCGCCGUGUUCUUCCACGAGAUCCCGCACGAGGUCGGCGACUUUGCGCUGCUUGUGCAGUCCGGUUUCUCCAAGCGAAAGGCCAUGGGCGCGCAGUUUGUGACCGCCGUCGGUGCGUUCCUCGGCACGUUCAUUGGGAUUGCGGUGCAGGAAUUUGGCGGGAAUGGCGGCGGCAGUGCUGGUGAGGGGGCGGCGACGGGCGGGCUGUGGGGGACGAGCUUGUCGUGGGGGGAUAUGUUGCUGCCGUUUACGGCGGGGACGUUCUUGUACGUCGGCACGGUGUCGGUGAUUCCGGAGCUGUUGGAGACCGGCAAGGACAAGCGCCGGGAGAUUAAGAAUACGGUUGUGCAGUUUUUGGCGGUGGCAGUCGGUGCAGGUAUCAUGCUUGGGAUCUCGUGGGACUAA